AUGUACUUUGUCGUAAAAUUGCACCCUGUAGUAACUCAUACCUACGCGUCUUACCCAGGCCAAGACGAAGUCGUGAACUAUGAUCUCUUUUCGGAGUGGGCUGAUGGACAUGUAAGACAAGUUUACGACCCAGAUUGUGAAGAAGCAAGGAAACAUUUGUCCGGGUGGGCUAUGAGGAAUACUAACAAUCAUAAUGUUAGUAUUUUAAAAAAAUCUUGUUUGGGUGUGCUUGUCUGCUCACUUAAAUGCAUUUUGCCCAAUGGAGGACAGGUACACUUACGACCGGCCAUUUGUGAUAAGGCUAGGAAAAAACAACAAAAUACAACAUGUCCAAAUAAACCAUGUCCCGGAGUCCUAGAGAUACAACCAUGUCGAGGUCACUGUGGUUAUCCAGUAACGCACUUUUGGCGUCAUACACCUUAUGCAGUAUUUUUCCAAGCAAAAGGACACCACGAUCAUCCGCGUCCUGAACCAAAAUCAACUGCGGAAUCGCGCAGAAGUAAUACUAAUGGGAGGAGGAUUAAAGGAUUCGGCGUUUUUCUAGAUCGCGAUGCGGCUGUUGGAUCAAAGCAAUACCAACCUUACACGCAACCCUCAGAAGCUUACUGGUACCAAGACUCAACCAACACCGAAACCAUCUUCGUAGCUCCGCAGUCUCAAACCACUCCACAAUCUCAAAGCACUCAAGAUCCCUACGACUUUCCAACAAUUACGGAAGAAUACUUCCAACCUGGCGAGAUCUUCCAGCUAGACCAGCCUCUGCGAGCCGAUUUUCCUUCAAACCCUUCCAGCACCAAUUCAAGCAACAGAUCUCCUUCAACUCUUCUAGAUCUAGGCUCUGGGACCAUAAAGUACCAAGUAAAGUCCCAAGAAGACAUCUACUGGAACCAACUGGUCAGUGAAGACUCAUCAAACAGCGCUCUUUCUCAAAAUCAAGAUGAUAAAUUAUACAACCAGCCUAAUUUAGUCUACAAUGCCAACAAAUCAGCUGAAAGCAAAUUUGAUUCUAAUUACCAACGCAAUGAUCUAACAAAAUUAUUAACACCCAAAGUAGUAAUUGAAGAAACUCAGUAUCCUAGUCAGAAUAAUUAUUCUAAUGAAAAUAAUUGUUUAGGAUACAAUUACGAUGAUUAUUAUUCUAUUUAUAAUGCAGACCUACCAACUGGAAAUAAUUUUUCAAAAAAUAAUAUCCAAAAAACAACUCAAGAUUCUUCCAGGUCUAAUUUUAAUCAAUCUAUUGAAGCUGAUAAUUAUUUAUGCAAUUAUUCUUGUGAUUUGGAUAAUAAGCUCACUGGUAAUAUUAAUAUUAUUAAUAAGAAUAAUAAUAAUAAUAAUAAUAAUAAUAAUUAUAAUAAUGAAAGUGAUUUAGAUAGCACCUCGUUUGUUGACUACACUUUUUUAGGGUCACUUUGCAAUUCUAAUGAAGAACAAAAUGCGCAGCCGGUUAAUCAAUUUGCGUAUUACAAUAAUAAUAAU